CCCGUUUGUAGUAUCACAAUAAUGGCAAAAAAGGCUUAUGAUUAUUUAUUUAAGUUAUUACUUAUUGGUGACAGUGGUGUGGGUAAAACCUGUCUAUUGUUUAGAUUUUCUGAUGACGCAUUUAAUACCACUUUCAUAUCCACUAUUGGGAUUGAUUUCAAAAUAAAGACUGUUGAAGUUGAUGGUAAAAAGAUAAAGCUACAAAUAUGGGACACAGCAGGUCAAGAAAGAUUUCAUACAAUAACUACAUCUUAUUAUCGAGGUGCUAUGGGCAUAAUGCUUGUCUAUGACAUAACACAAGAAAAGACAUUUGAUAACAUUGCAAAAUGGUUACGUAAUAUUGAUGAGCAUGCAAGCGAAGGUGUUGAAAGAAUGAUUCUUGGUAACAAAUGUGAUAUGAAUGAUAAAAGAAUGGUGAGCAAAGAAAAAGGAGAAGGGAUUGCUCGGGAGCACAAUAUAAAGUUCUAUGAAACUAGCGCUAAAGACAACAUUUGUGUUGAAGAAGCUUUCAUGAGACUUACUCAAGACAUACUACGUAAACACCAAGCUGGAGCUACACAAGAUCAAGCCACUACAGGUGUCGUUAUACCAAAAGAAAACCGCGCGAAACCAGCCAAUUGUUGCAGUACAUAAAAAUUUACAUAUACUUACAAUAUUUUCGCCUUUUUUACGAGAUUUGUAUUUUUUUUGUUAUCAAAUUUACUAAAUGAAAAUUGAAACGUUGCUAUAGUAUUUGUGCAGGGAUGGUCUUCAAUAGAAAAAGAAGAGCUUUGUUAGAAAAAUAACUUUUACUGAACAAGAAGAAAAAGUAUUUAUGGAGGUUGUGUUAAACUUUUGAAUCGGACAUAUAAAAAUUAAGUAAGAAAUUGUUUGAAGUAGUCAAUAUUGAUAACCUAGCACUGUUUUAAACCUAAAACAACAAAAUU